GUCUGGUUCGGUAGGAGAAGCAGGUACCAAGAUGGCGGAGGGCGCAGGAAAACCGAAUGUGGAGGUUGUCCGCGGACAGCAUUUCGAGGUCGGGCCUCGCUACAGCGGGCUGCAAUACAUUGGGGAAGGAGCCUACGGGAUGGUCUGCUCUGCAGUUGACCAGACCACAGGAAAGCGGAUUGCCAUAAAGAAAAUCAGCCCGUUCGAGCACCAGACGUACUGUCAGAGGACACUUCGCGAGAUCAAGAUCCUCAGAAGGUUCAAACAUGAAAACGUGAUUGGCAUUGAGAACAUCAUCAGAUCAGCCUCCAUUGAUGAGAUGAAGGACGUUUACAUCGUGCAGUGCCUGAUGGAAACAGACUUGUACAAACUGUUGAAGACCCAGCAACUGAGUAACGACCAUGUCUGCUACUUCCUCUACCAAAUCCUGCGAGGACUCAAGUACAUCCACUCUGCUAACGUCCUGCACAGAGACCUCAAACCCUCCAACCUACUGCUCAACACCACCUGUGAUCUUAAGGUAACACUUUCACUUACACACCUGUGGACGUUGAAGACACACAUGCUCAACUCUAAGGGGUACACCAAGUCCAUUGACAUCUGGUCGGUUGGCUGUAUCCUUGCUGAGAUGCUGAACAACAGGCCCAUCUUCCCAGGCAAACACUAUCUGGAUCAGAUCAGCCAUAUUUUAGGUGUGGUGGGAUCCCCGAGCGCGGAGGAUCUCAGCUGGAUCAUCAACGACAAGGCUCGCAGCUAUCUCCAGUCUCUACCCUACAAGGCCAAGGUUCCAUGGAACAGGAUCUUCCCUAAAGCAGACUCACAUGCUCUGAAUCUCCUGGACAGAAUGUUGACCUUCAACCCCCACAAGCGCAUCACAGUGGAAGAAGCGCUCGCUCACGAGUAUCUGUCGCAGUACUACGAUCCUGACGACGAGCCGGUGGCCUCAGAGCCCUUCAAGUUUGAUACAGAGCUGGACGAUCUGCCUAAGGAGAAGUUGAAAGAAAUGAUCUGGGAGGAGACAAAGUUUUUCAGCCACCAAAAUAAGUGAGACAGGACUUAGAGCUGAAGACUGUCCACAGCAGCAUUUUCCCCUUCCCCCCACCCCCCUCCCGCAAAUAUGCCAUUGUACAUGGAGCAACUUUACAUACUUGUGACUCGAUAUUGUGGCUAUCCCUCCAACUUAACGCUGUUGGAAAAAUAACAGAAACAGUCGAAUUCUGUACAUGGUCAGACCGAGAUGUGGGGUACGCUCUCACUAGACAGCUACAGGGCUCAAAAUACCUUCUGCAUAUGCAGGUUAGUACAGGUAAAACUGUGC